AAAUCAUUUUGUCAUUGUGAAAACAGAGUUCUCAAGAGGCAGUCUCUUCCCGGUACUCUUCCACCUCGACUGUUCAGAUUGCCUUACCUCCAAAACUUUGAUGUCACACGCAACUACCUAAGCGGCACAAUUCCUAAAGAAUGGGGCUCUACGAAGUUGGUCAACAUUUCUCUGCUUGGAAACCGGUUGACUGGUCCAAUCCCAAAGGAGCUGGGGAAUAUAUCCACACUUUGGAAAUUAGUUGUCGAGAUCAACCAGCUUUCUGGAGCUGUCCCUCCAGAGCUCGGGAACUUGUCCCAGCUACAUCAACUGCACCUCACGUCAAAUAAUUUCACCGGGGAGCUACCAAAAACAUUUGCUAAAUUGACGACAUUACAGGAGCUGCGACUUAGUGAUAAUCAGUUCACUGGAAAGAUACCUGAUUUUAUUCAGAACUUAACAAAUCUCUAUAUGCUGUUUAUUCAAGGAAGUGGAUUGCAAGGGCCAAUUCCCUCCGGGAUCGCACUUUUGGAGAAAUUGUCCGACUUGAGAAUAAGUGACCUCAAUGGAUCCGAGUCCCAAGUUCCACGACUUAGGUGUACAAAUAUUACGACAUUGAUUCUGAGGAGCUGCAAUCUCAUAGGAGAGCUACCUGGUUAUCUAGCAGAAAUGAUAACCUUAAAAAUAUUGGACCUCAGCUUUAACAAACUGAGUGGUGAAAUCCUCGACAACUUUAGCAGCUUGGUAAAAGUAGAUUAUAUCUAUCUAACUGGAAACCAAUUGACUGGAGCAGUCCCCGAUUGGAUCCUGGAUUAUGCAGAAUAUGUUGAUCUGUCAUACAACAACUUUGCUACUGGAGGCUUAGAAUGUCAAAAACGAUCGGUCAACUUGUUCGCAAGCUCGGCCGUUGACAAUGACAGUGGACCUGUAUCAUGUUUGAAAAGUCACCAUUGUCAAAAAAAUCGGUAUAACCUCUUCAUAAAUUGCGGUGGGAAAGUAAAAGUAGGGCACAACACAUACAGUGCUGAUACAGAGCAGCCUGCAGCUACUUUAAGUUCCUUUCCGAAUGGACAUUACUGGGGCUACAGUGGCACUGGUCACUUCCCUGAUGACGAUAUCGAUUCAGAUAAAUAUAUAGCUGACAAUGUAUCAGUACUGUCCACGGAUAAUGCCCAGCUUUACAUGAAAGCACGACGUUCUGCCAUCUCUCUGACUUAUUAUGCUUUUUGUCUGAUGAAUGGAAUCUACAAUGUAAGCCUUCAUUUUGCGGAGAUAACGUUCACAGACAACGAAAGUUUUGAAAACCUUGGAAGGCGAGCUUUUAAUGUUUAUAUACAGGGAAAUUGGUCUGGGAAGAUUUCAACAUUGCUUGAAGCAGGUGGAGUUGGAAAGCCAGUCGAAAGUUUUGAUGCCAGAGUGACCAAGGGCACUCUGGAGAUACGCUUAUAUUGGGCUGGAAAAGGAACCAAUGCUAUACCUACUAGAGGAGUCUAUGGUCCUCUUAUAUCUGCUAUCUCCAUCUAUCCUGGCUUUCAUCCCCCAGGCAGCAUAUCUCCGGGCAUGGUGGUCGGGAUUGUGGCUGCUAUAGUUUUUGCAGUUUUCCUUAUCCUGGUUAUCCUUUGGUGGAGAGGAUGUCUUGGACAUGAAUAUAAAAUGGCUCAAGAUUUGAAGGGUCUGGCAUUGCAAGUUGGUUCAUUUACCUUGCGACAGAUCAAAGCUGCCACAAAUAAUUUUGAUGCUGCUAAUAAAAUUGGAGAAGGCGGUUUUGGUUCUGUGUACAAGGGACUUCUGUCAAAUGGCACCACUAUAGCAGUGAAGCAGCUUUCAUCCAAAUCAAAGCAGGGAAAUCGUGAGUUUGUCACUGAGAUUGGGAUGAUUUCUGCUCUUCAACAUCCACAUCUUGUGAAGCUCUAUGGAUGCUGCAUUGAAGGAAAUCAACUUUUGCUGGUUUACGAGUACAUGGAAAAUAACAGUCUUGCUCGUGCUUUAUUUGGUCCUGAAGAAUUUCAAUUAAAGUUGGACUGGUGGACAAGACACAAGAUAUGAGUGGGUAUUGCCAGGGGUUUGGCAUAUCUUCAUGAAGCAAGGCUGAAGAUUGUGCAUAGAGACAUCAAAGCUACCAAUGUUUUAUUGGAUAAGGAUCUCAACCCUAAAAUAUCAGAUUUUUGUUUGGCAAAGCUUGAUGAGGAGGACAAGACACAUAUUAGCACCAAGAUUGCUGGAACUUAUGGAUAUAUGGCACCUGAGUAUGCAAUGCAUGGUUACCUCACCGACAAAGCUGACAUCUAUAGUUUUGGCGUUGUUGCCUUAGAAGUUGUUAGUGGCCGGAGCAACACUAAUUCCCAAAAAAAUGAGGAAUGCUUUUAUCUACUCGAUUGGGCACGCUUUUUGAAGGAGAGAGGAAAUUUAAUAGAUCUAGUUGAUCGGAGGCUCAGUUCUCACUUUGACAAAGAGGAGGCGCUGGCAUUGAUAAAGGUAGCUUUGAUGUGUACUAAUGCGACUCCAGCACUCAGGCCGCCGAUGUCGUCUGUGGUUAGCAUGCUUGAAGGCAAGGUUGCUGUUCCAGUGCUGGACUCCGAGGGCGCUAUGAUGACUGACGAGCAAAUUGAGGCCAUGAGGAAGCAUUUUAGAGGUGACAAACAUCAGGCAAUUGGUGAGAAUAUCACCAAGAGUAUGUCCACUGAUGGGCCAUGGACUGGAACCGCUUCCUCUGCAUCCGCUAAUGAUCUCUAUCCAAUACACCUGGAUACUGAUUACUGGCAUAAGAGAGAGUAAGAAAUGGUUUGUUGCGUUCUAAGUAAAUUAGUUCUUGAAAGAACUGGGGCUUUAGCUCUUAAAUUUCUCUCCUAAGUUUCUCCUUCGCUUACGUUUGAAAAUGAAGGUAUAGAUAAUAUAAAGAAAACAACAGUGCUAUGCAGUGCAGUAAUUGUGUAUUGUGAACUCAUUAGUUGGUAAAGCCUAAAGAUAAUGGCUUGUGGUUUGAUGGUUGUAUUCGUUCCAUUUCUUUCCAUAUUGUUAUUCGAACAAAGAUGAUGUUGCAACUUUUUUCUCUUCACACAAUAACGAUGCAGAUGGUUGUUAC